AUGGCAGAUAAAAAGAAAUGCCGUAAAUCUAUUACCUUGGAUAUGAAGCUUAAAAUUAUUAGAUUGUAUGAUGAAGGUGUAAUUCAAGCUGAAAUAGGCCGAAAGCUAGGCUUCACUAGGACCACAAUUAACACAGUCAUGAAGAACAGAGAAAAAAUUGUUGCAGAAGUUAAAAGUGCUACACCUGUUAACACCACAACAAUUCAAAAAAGGGAUAGCAUUGUUGCAGACAUGGAGAGACUCCUAAUACUUUGGAUAGAAAAUCAGACAACACGCCAUGUUCCUGUAAACCAGGCAAUUAUACAAAGUAAAGCCUUAAGCUUAUUCAAUGACCUGAAGGCUAAGAAAGGUGAAGCAGCAAAGGAUGCUGAAUUUGUUGCAAGCCGUGGAUGGUUUGAUAGGUUUAAGAAGAGGUCUAAUCUACAUAACAUCAAAGUACAAGGAGAGGCAGCUGCUGCAGAUACUGAGGCUGCAGAAAGCUAUCCAAGUGAAUUUGCAAAAAUUAUUGAAGAUGGAGGCUACUCCAUGGAUCAAAUUUUUAAUGUGGAUGAGACUGGUCUAUUCUGGAAGAAGAUGCCUGCAAGAACCUUCAUUGCAAGACAGGAAAAAUCAAUGCCAGGCUACAAGCCAGCUAAAGAUAGAAUAACCCUUCUGUUAGGUGGCAAUGCUUCUGGUACCUUAAAGCUAAAGCCUUUGUUUAUUUACCGUUUUCAAAAUCCAAGAGCUUUGAAGAACUACGUUAAAACUAGACUUCCAGUGCAUUGGAGGGCAAAUAAAAAAGCAUGGAUUUUGCUGCUUGUUGAUAAUGCUCCUGGACACCCUCGAACGCUAGAUAAGCUCAACCCUAACAUUAGAGUGGAAUUCCUACCACCAAAUACCACCUCAUUACUGCAGCCCAUGGAUCAAUGUGUCAUAGCUGCCUUCAAGUUAAACUACUUAAAAAGAACAUUCAGUAAGUGUAUUGCAGCAAUAGACAAAGAAGAAGGUGCAGGGCAAGAAGUCCUAUCGAAAUUCUGGAAAAGCUACAACAUCUUGGAUUGCAUUAAAACUGUAAGAGAUGCUUGGAAUGACAUAAAGGAUACCACAAUGAAAAGGGCCUGGAAAAAGUUAUGCCCACAGUUAGCUGAUGAUUCUGAAGGCGUUGAUGAUUCUGUAGCUAAUGUUACUGAAAAUAUUGUAGAGAUGGCAAGGCACGACAUGGCUCUUUUUGAAAAGCAUGAUAGGGACUUUGAAAGAAGCUUCACAGUCAAUGGUAACAUUUCAGGGGCUUAUUCCUGUUACAAAGAAAUCUACAGAGAAAAGAAGAGAACUACACUUCAAACCUCCAUAGAGACUUACUUUUCUAAAAGUCCAUCAGCACGCAGAUCAUCAUCAUCGACAGACAGUCAUUUGGAUACCAGAUCAUCAACUGACAGUCCAUUUCCAGCUCUGGCAUCACCACCCAGUCCUGCUCCUUCUCUUAUUGCUACUUGUAGUACACCCAAUUCGCAAGCAAGAAAGCGUCUCGCCUUUGAAGAGUUGACUUGUGAAACAGAAGACACCAGCACCACUGUCGGAGAUCCACUUAAAGUUAUUGAAAGCGCACAGCUACAGUCACUGGCCUCACUAGGAUCUGAUCUUACACAGCUUGGUGCUUUCUCUGUCGCAGCUUUGUUCGCGGCCUGGCUGCAGGUGGCUAGAGGUACAGCGGAGUGGAGUAUGGUCGGAACACCUUGCCGAGCUUUUGAUUGCCUCACCCCAGCUACAUAUCGUAAACGAGCCGUUAAAUCUGGAAUUGGGUGA